UUCCGCCGUGGCUAGUUUUCUGAGGCGCGAAAGGCCCCUAGUCAGUGUGUGAGACCGCGCCGGGCCUAGCCUGGGAGCCCCAGGGCAGAGGCUGUCGUUUGGAAACAAUGAGUUUAAAACCCUUUACCUACCCAUUUCCAGAGACACGGUUUCUUCAUGCAGGAUCCAACGUGUAUAAGUUCAAAAUCAGAUAUGGCAACAGCAUCAGAGGAGAAGAGAUAGAAAAUAAGGAAAUCAUCGUCCAGGAACUGGAGGAUUCAAUCCGUGUGGUCUUGGGGAACUUGGAUAAUCUGCAGCCCUUUGCUACAGAACACUUCAUUGUAUUUCCCUAUAAAAGCAAAUGGGAGAGAGUUUCCCACCUGAAAUUCAAACAUGGGGAAAUGGUCUUGAUCCCUUGCCCAUUUGUUUUUACUCUAUAUGUGGAGAUGAAAUGGUUUCAUGAAAACCUGUCACUUGGAAAACCAAUAAAUGACAGUCCUUUUGAACUGGUCCUAGCUGAGGAGAAAGCAGCAGAAGCCAUGAUGAGGAAACGAAAGUGCAUGGAAGAGCCCAGCUCUCCCAGCAGGCCCAGGCUGAACAGGGCCAAGAUGGAGACUUCCAACCAAGGCCCCAGCAAAAAGAAGCCCCCUGCGGAAACCAGGAUGAACAGGGAAAGAAAAAGCCAGCAGGAAGGGGAGGAGACCCUGGCCUCUGAUAUCACUGAUGUCCAGGAGCAAGAUUCUAAGCAGGGGGACUUCCUGGCAGGACCACCAUUGCAGCAAAACAACGCACCUCCACCUAAAGAGCUAGGAACCAGUGGCUUCUUUGGGUUUCUAAGCUCUCUCUUCCCGAUUCGCUAUUUCUUCAGGAAGAACAGCCAGUGACGUCCAAAUGCAGCAGUGGAAAGUGCAUCAUCUCUUGCAGUGACUUCUCUGAGCCAUUUUCUCCAACUCCAUCUUUUUCUUAUGACACUUCAUUCAUGGGGAAUGAGGGCUCCAAACUGCCAGAGUCCUCUUGUGGGUUUAUUCUGUCCUUCAACCCU